AUGUACGCCGUAACAACCUCAUUCGCCCACCGGGCCCCCCCUGCAACACGGACUCGAGUCAGGUGGCAGCCUUAUUCUGCCCUUUCCUCCUCCUCUUCUUCAAACGCCUCAUCAUCAUCAUCGAAUGUCUCUUGCCGUUCCCCGUCGUCCUCUUAUUUAAAUACCCCUGCUUCCUCUGUAUCAAGCCCUCCAUCUGUCAACACUCCCAACGACCCACGCCACGCCACCCCUUCCCUAUCCCACAGCUUAAAAGAGCAUCAGUCACGCGAUGCAAACAAACAGCAGUACGCUCUAAGCCUUGUUGACCAAGCCGUAAAGGCAUUGUCCGACAUAUGGCACCCCCAAGAUAUCCCUUCUGUCUUCCUGACGUCCUCCAGAGCGACCGUACCCCCAACCCCGCCCCCGCUUCAGACGCCAUCGACACUACUUCGCGACACAUGUCGCCGCAACGUCCAACUUCCAUCCCCCAUAUCCCCCUCCACUCGCAAACCCCCUCUACCCCUCGACUCCUCCUCCGACGUCUCAGAAAUCAGACGACAACCGUAUCACCGACACUUCUGCUAG